CUGGACAGCUCCCUGCCUCCCCUCCCCUCUCUUUUCUCUCCCCAACCUUCCUCUCAUUCUGUCAGACCUAUCACAAGGUUCUCGUCUUUCUGUGCUUGAAGCAGUCAUUAGCUGCCUUGUCUGCAGAGAUAAUGAAGCUUUUGGGGCAUAAAAUAGAGCUGUGGGCAGGUUUGCUACUGCCAGAGGUUACUUUAUCUGGGAUGAGUGAGCUGAGAUUUCCCGAAGAGAAACCUCUGCUCAGAGGGCAGGACACAGAGAUGGAGUCUGCUGACACCUUUCUGUCUGCCGGAGACACUGACUGGAAGGAACAUGAUAUUGAAACUCCCUAUGGGAUGUUACAUGUGGUUAUCAGAGGGACUCCGAAGGGCAACCGUCCUGCUAUCCUCACAUACCACGAUGUGGGAUUAAACCACAAGCUUUGCUUUAACACAUUCUUCAACUACGAGGACAUGCAGGAGAUCACAAAGCACUUUGUGGUUUGCCAUGUAGAUGCCCCAGGACAGCAGGUUGGGGCUUCUCAGUUUCCACAAGGAUAUCAGUAUCCCACUAUGGAGCAUCUGGCAGCCAUGUUACCCAGUGUCCUGCAGCAUUUUGGGUUUCAGAGUGUUAUUGGAAUUGGGGUUGGAGCUGGAGCCUACGUCCUUGCAAAAUUUGCAUUAAUUUUCCAAGAGUUGGUGGAAGGCUUGGUUCUAAUAAACAUUGACCCCAAUGGGAAGGGCUGGAUCGACUGGGCGGCUUCUAAGCUUUCUGGACUUACCAGCUCACUUCCAGAUACAGUGCUGUCUCAUCUCUUUAGCCAGGAAGAACUGCUUAAUAACACAGAGCUUGUGCAGAACUACCGGCAGCAGAUCAGUAGCUGUGUGAACCAGAACAACUUGCAGCUAUUCUGGAACAUGUACAACAGUCGGAGAGAUUUAGAAAUGAACCGCCCUGGAACUGUCCCAAAUGCCAAGACUUUAAGGGCUCCUGUGAUGCUGGUUGUGGGAGAUAAUUCCCCAGCUGAAGACAGUGUGGUUGAAUGUAAUUCAAAACUGGACCCAACAAACACUACAUUCCUGAAGAUGGCUGACUCUGGUGGGCUUCCUCAAGUUACUCAGCCUGGAAAGCUGACAGAAGCAUUUAAAUAUUUCCUCCAAGGCAUGGGAUACAUUGCGUCCCUGAAGGAUCGGAGACAGAGUGCAAGUACUGCAGCAGUGCCCUCAGCCAGUAUGACACGCCUUGCUCGCUCCCGCACAGCUUCCCUCACCAGUGCCAGUUCAGUGGAUGGAGCUCGUCCCAGACCCUGUACCCAGUCAGAAAGCAGUGAUGGAAUUGGUCAGAUCAACCACACCAUGGAGGUGUCCUGCUGAACAUUGAGGUCGCACAUGUCCAAUGGUCCAUCCUCAAACCCAUUCAUUACCCAUUUCUUCUUUACUGGUUUGCUUCCUGUGUCCCUCCCCUUUAAACAGCGUCUGGCGUUUUUUGGGGAUCUAUAAUCUGAAUGACAAUUAUUCAUCUUACAUCUGGUCCUGUGUUUUUAGGGUUUAUUCCUGUGACUGGUUGUAAGACAGCACCUCAAUACUAGGCAGAGGUUUUGUAUGGAGGGAUGCUUUGCAGAUCUCUGGUAAUGUAGUGGUUAAGUGGUGCUCUGCAGAAGUCUUUUAGGCUCCAUGUUUAGCAAUGCUUUACAAAUCUUUGGUAGGAUAGAAGUUAGGAAAUGACCUACAGAUCAUGGACUAGUGGAUAUAUUAUGUAUUUUGUGCAUUUCUGUAAGAUUAAUGGCUAAGUUUAUAGAGUGCUGGUUAAGCAGUGCUUCUUAGAUCUUUGGCAUUGGCUAAAUGUUACAGAGCAAAUCACUUGCAGGGUAGAAGUUCAGAAAUGAUCUCCGGAUAUCUGGUCUUCAGAUCUCUAACAUGGUUUGAUGAGAGAUAAAAUUUCUUGUAAUACUCUACAUAGAAGUUAUUCAGAUAAGUGAUGCCUUGUUUGAACAUGACAACAAAAUAAUUAUUCCAGACUAUAGAGCAGUAAUAUGAAGGGAUAAGACUGAUAUGUAUAGCUCUCGAGUUAUGCAGCAAAUCAUAUAAUAAUGACCCACAACUUACCAAAUGAUAGAAUCUCAGUGAAGUACAAAUAUGUUUUGUGGAUAGUCAGUUGAUAGAAAAGUGAUCUCCAGUGGAUAAAUCAGUACUCUGAAGUGUCACAGGUAUACAAAAUGGUAUCAGUCUGUGGUGAGGAGCUGUGAUUUGCAGAUUUCCAGUUCCAGAUUCUGAAUGUCACAUAUAGAUUAUAGCUGUGGUUUCUCAGCAUUCAUUUGAUAGAGAUGAGAUCUGCAGUUCUCACCAGUGGUACUGAGUGUCUUUUAGCGUAUUAUAUAGAGAAGACAUUUCUAUCCUGGUACAACAGAUGUACAUAUUUGGGCAGAGAAGUGCUGCCCUAUAUAUCUCCUGGGCAAUACUGUUUAAGCAAAAUGUUCACGGUCAAUGGAAAGACAAUGUUUAGUUCAUUAGGAAUAAUAGCAGCAAGUCCUUCCAGACUCUUACACAGGCUGAGCACUGUUCUGGGCUUUUUAACAGGAAAGGAAAUUCACAUAAGCAAUGCACUUCUUGUCUCCUGCAUGCAAGGAGUUAAUGCUCUGCAGAGCUUUGGCAGGGAAAGAGUUACACAAGCAUAAUCACCUUUGCAGCCCUGUCCUGUCUUUCUCUCCCUUCAUGAUGUCAUUCCUCUGUGUGUUCUGCCAAACUAUAUACACAUAUUUCUUAAAAUACCUACUCAUAAACAUAUAGCCCUUGUUAUAUGUGCUCCAUUAAAUGUGUUCUGUAGAUUUUUUAUGUGAACUUUAAUGGAAUCCUGGUUCUUAUUUCUCCUGUCCCUGUGCACAGUGAAUCUGUAAACAUAUAUAAUAUCUAGAAAUAUCUUUGGUGUGUGCAUUGUGGCAGUUGAUGCUUCUAGUUGCAUUAAAGCCAUUGUUACAAAACUCCAUAACUUGAGGAGAAAUUACAAACAAUUUCAUGUGUUGGAAAAUAUGAAUAAAACUGUCAAAUCAGCUUUGUUUGCUACUUUAUUAUUUAUCACUGCACCAACAUAGCUGGUCCUAGAGGUUGCAGAUUGCAUGCACCUACUGUUCUAAAGGUCAUGGGAGGGGAUGUGCCUUCCUUCCAGGGGUAACUUGUGAAGCUCUUUAAUCAUAUUAAAUAUGGCUUUAAAUAAAUUAAAAAUUGAA